GCCUUCGUCUUAAUUUGUCUCACAAUACACUAGAGAAAAUAAAGAAAGACCAUGGAGAAGUUGAUCCUUGUUUCACAGAGUGUUUGGCUAGCUGGUUGCGUAAAACUGAUGAUGUGGAGACUCCAACAAUAGAUACACUGAUAGCUGCUCUUAGAGCCUGGAAUAGGAGAGAAUGCUGUAGCUGACGGUAUUAAUGAAGAAAGACAAACUGUCUCUAAGGCUAUAUCUAGAAGUGAAAUGCUCUGUCAUCCAUCUUCCCAAACUAUCCCCACAACCACCAGUAAAGAGAACUCAACACAGUCAGCCAUUGUUAAUCCAGGUGUUCGUGAUCUUGAGCAAGAAAUUGAUAAAGUUUCUAAGUUGAGAAACAUUGCUACUGCAUUGCAGGAUAAAUAUGAUAUCCUUGUUAUUGCUGUCAAAAAAUCGCUUGAAGAUCACUGCAUUGAUGUAAAGGAUGCCAAGAGGUUGAUAAAAGAGUGUUUGAAGAGAAAAGCUUGUGUUGUUUCUAAUUUGGUGCCCUGCAUUGAUAUUCUUGAGAAAGCAAAUGAUUUUGAAAGCUUUUUUGAUUUUCGAAGCAAUCAUGACUUCAUUGGCUACCUUAAUUACAAGCUCUUAAAAAAACUAGCUGUACUUGUCAAAAAUGAUAAAGAGAUUAAGAAGCAUUUUUUUGGUUAUGAAAAAGAAUAUGCCAAGCUAUUGGCCUCAACUUCCUUUCAAGAUUUGAUACCUUUAUUUAAUGAACAAUCUGACUCAUCCCCUACUGCUCCUCUUGGCUUGCCAUACAUUUCUUUCCAUUUUGAGAAGCCUUGGUUACCCACUUGUGUUUAUACCUGGGUAUCAACCUUUGGUGAAUUCUCAUGGUCAGAAGAUGCAUUUCUCAAACAAUUACGAAAGAAAUGUGUUAUCGUCACCUAUGCUAUACUACCAUGUGUUUUUGAUGAUGUCAUGAGAGAUCUCACGGAUCCUGUGAUAUUGAAGAAGCUAAAGGAUAAAGGAAUUACUGUAAUUGAAUUGCCACAAGAAGAGAAAGACUCACAAAUAGAAGACAAUUCUAAUGAAGGACUGAUUUCAAGUGGGAAUUCUCAAGAAAGGUCUUCGAUCAUUAAAACUGCUAAGGAUACCCUUCCGACCACAUUGACAAGAGAAGUUAGUAUGCCACAAGGGCAUAGCAGGACUGCAACAUUUGAGGUAAAAACUAAAAUAAAAAGCUACAGUCUGAUAGCCAUUGUUAAUCCAGAGAACUUAACACAGCCAGCCAUUGUUAAUCCAGGUGUUCGUGAUCUUGAGCAAAAAAUUGAUAAAGUUUCUAAGUUGAGAAACAUUGCUACUGCAUUGCAGGAUAAAUAUGACAUCCUUGUUAUUGCUGUCAAAAAGUCGCUUGAAGAUCACUGCAUUGAUGUAAAGGAUGCCAAGAGGUUGAUAAAAGGGUGUUUGAAGAGAAAAGCUUGUGUUGUUUCUAAUUUGAUGCCCUGCAUUGGUAUUCUUGAGAAAACAAAUGAUUUUGAAAGCUUUUUUGAUUUUCUAAGCAAUCAUGAUUUCAUUGGCUACCUUAAUUACAAGCUUUUAAAAAAACUAGCUGUACUUGUCAAAAAUGAUAAAGAUAUUAAGAUGGAUUUUUUUGGUUAUGAAAAAGAAUAUGCCAAGCUAUUGGCCUCAACUUCCUUUCAAGAUUUGAUACCUUUUUUUGAAGAACAAUCUGACUCAUCCCCUACUGCUCCUCUUGGCUUGCCAUACAUUUCUUUUCGUUUUGAGAAGCCUUAG